GAUUUUUUUAGAAAAACUGUUUGCGUUAUGAACCGCCAACUUUAAAUGUAUUCUUAAAUAUAUGUUUUCUAUUAAAUCAGAAACCGGAUUUAAAGUCGGUUAGACUUGCCCAUUCUGUUACGUAUUUUUUCUAUCUACAACCUUUAUAUAUAAAUCUAAACUUAUCGAUCUUUUACAAUCCAAUUUAAAUGAAAGUUUUGAAAAAUACCCGUUAAUUCUUCCUUUAUCAUAAAGAAAACCCAUAUUCAGAUAUUCUGAAAUGAACUCUUUUUGAUUUGUUUUCUUCUUCACCAAGAUAAAUUUCCCCAAUUUCGCCCUUUUUUCUUCCUGAUCUUCAUCCAUGGAAACAAUUCAGUUCUUUACCGGAGAUUCCUUUUCCCCAGCUAAAUACGAUGAAUCUUACGCUUCAGAUUGCGAAAGCAGCGUUACAGGAUCAACACCUUCUUCUACAUCUCCCUACAGAAGGCGGCGUGGAAUGUUGGAUGAAUCUAUUGCUGUUGAAUUAAGUAAUGAGGACAGAGGAUAUGAGAUUAUUCAUCAAAGAUUCAGUUCUGCAAUGGGAAAUAAUACGAAAGUUGUUUCGAUUCAUAAGAGAAAUUGGUCGUCAGAUUUUGUAGCUCAAGCUAGAGCUCAUUCGUUUCAACUUCAUGCUAAAGCAUUAAGUUCUAAGAAUCAUAACAAUGGCGGUAAUUCUAAUUUUAAGUAUGCUUGGUAUGGUAGUUCAUUUGAGAGAAUACAACAGAUUUUAUCUCGUGGUUUUAGUUUUCAUGAUCUUCAAGAUAAUCCUAAUAGUGCCGCCAUUUGUCUGUCCCCCGAUCAUUUCCCUGCUUUAAGUUUGGAGAAAUGUAUUCCAGAUGAAGAUGGAGUAAAACAUUUGUUGCUAUGCCGAGUUUUACUAGGAAAGUCAGAGUUGAUUCAUCCUGACUCGACUCAAAAUGAACCGAGUUGUGACGAGUUUGAUUCAGGGGUGGAUGAUUUCCAAAAUCCAAAGAAAUAUAUAUUCUGGAGUCACAAUAUGAAUUCUCUCAUUCUCCCAGAAUAUGUUCUUAGCUUCACUACUCUGCCUCCUAGUCCUCAUCCAAUUGAAGGAUUUUCAAAGAUGAAUGGGAUGAAAAUGCCAGCUUCUCCAUGGAUUUCAUUUCCUGCACUGAUUUCAGUUUUGGGAAGAUUCUUGCCAUCUGAUGCAAUUACUUUGAUCAGCAAGUAUCAUCAAGAAUAUAAAGAAAGGAAAAUAUCAAGAGCAGAGCUAAUAAAAAUAGUGAGACAAAUAGCAGGGGAUAGACUAUUAGUUGCUGUUAUCAAAUCAUGUAAAGGCGCUAAGGGAUUAAAGAUGCCAUUUGGUAUGUUAAUGUUAUGUAAUAGGAACACCAACAAAAAGUAGGAAGAGUAGAAGUUUUCGGAGAAGUGUUUAAACAUAAAGAGUGUGAAAGGUUCGUUUUCAUUGGAAUUUGUAAAUCUGUUUUGGAAAGGGCCAAAAGGGGAUAAUGGUAGGACAAUUAGCAUUUAGGUUUUGUACUUGAUCAUAAAAGCUCAAAGGGCAGAUUGAAUGAUCCAUCGAUUCUAAUUACUUGUAUCCUUCUUCAAAGAUCUUACAAUACAUGUUUUGAAAUCU